GGGGAAAGCACCAAAUGUACAAGAUGGAUUAGACUAGUGAAAGGCUGCGGCCAGUGUGACUGUUUUAACACCACAGCAUGGAGCCUGUUAUAACACAAAGCAUGUGUCCAAUCUGUACUGUUACCCAGCAUGUAUCUGUGACAUCUUUUGUGAUUCGUUAAAAGAUACAAUAAAUAGUUACCAUGGAGAUGCAAGGGUUUCAUGGACAGCCCCGAAAAGUUCUCAAACAAAUGUCCAUAAGACGUCAGGAUUUGGAACGGUCGUCACAGAGGCUGACAAGUAACCUGGCGCAAUUACAGCUAGUCAACAUGGAACAGGAACAGAGGAUUGAUACCACGCUUGUCUGAACUGCAGCAACAGCAGAAACGCACAGAGGAAUUACUGCAUUCUGAUUGGUCAAAUACUACUACCAGUCAAGAAGAUCAAAAAAGAUCCUCUGGGUCUCAAAGUACAGUCCAGCGAGAACAGUCAUUCACACGACAGCUGAAGCAGUGGAGCACAUCUGAUGUUAUCCGGUGGCUAGAACACAGGAAACUCCACAAGUUUAUCCUCCUUUUCCAAAGACACCACGUGGCAGGGAUUGACCUAGUAGAUCUACAGCUGCCAUUCCUAGAGGGUUAUGACCACAUCAGUAUUGAAGACAGGGAACUGCUUCUGGCUGAGGUGUAUGAGUUACUGAGGCUGGAACAGAAUACUGACGAGGACGACACACAUCGUCUCCAGACUCUAGUCGAGCACCAGAAAUACCAAGCAGCCAUCACUCUAGCCAAAGACAAAUCCAGUGCAUUCCAUCGGUCACAGAGUGUACCAGUGGUCCUGACCUCUGGUCAGUCUCCCGUUCUGCCGUCAUCACCGUCAUCAUCGUCACCUACACCCAAACUUCGUAAAAAGUCUGAGUCGGAUAUGAGGGAGGUAGAUUUGAGGGACGGAGUUGUCACACUGCGUAGACAGAAAGUUCUCAGUGGAGAGGGGUAUACUGGGGCCAGGUCUCCGCGUGGGGACAAACUUGUACGCCAGAAUUCUCCUAGUGGGGAUUCUUAUUCAAGCACAGGAUCAUUGAAGUCUGGUGCUAGUGGGGGAGGCACACUGAACAAACCAGUGAGGAAGAAGUUACAGACCAAGCCUGUCGGUAGGUGUUCAUUGUACAACCUGUUUGAUGGGAAAGCUGCACAGGAAGUCUGCUGUAUCCACCUACGCAAGACCAGUGGUCAGUUUGGGAUGACUUUCCAAGUGGAUAACAAAGGUCAUUUGAUUGUGGGGUCAUUGGAAGAAAGUGAAAUUGGAGUUAGGGCAGGAGACAGGGUUCUGGAAAUGAAUGGUCAUCUACUGUUGUCAAUGACAACAAGUGAUGUUCAGCGAUUGGUGGAAGGAGUGACCAGUCAGUGUGAGGAGGUGGGGUUGGUAAUCUGGUGUGACCCUACAGUUAGGAGACUGGCAUUGCGAGGCAGUGAAGAGCUGGCAGACAAGCGCUGGUGGAACUUAAGGAAGGUGUUGACAGACAUGCAAGGACAGGAUAUGGACCCUGAUCAGAUUAUCCGUGGUGUCCCACAAAAGGACAUAACAGACCUCAAAGACAGAUGUUCAUUACAGGAUGAAUUGGUGGAACUGAAGGAUUUGGUAAAGGAUCAGCAGGGUGUGAUUGAGGGCCUACAGCGAGAACUCACAGCCAAAGAGGAGUGUGUGUGGGAGGUACGACGUCAGAAGGAUGCUGCACUAAAGGCUGCUACUGACCUCCAUUCAGAGUCUAGGAAAGGUGUGUCCAUACAAGGAGAAUCGCAGUAUUACCAAAUGACCAUGGACAGUCUGAAGGUUGAAGGUGCCUCUAAGGAAAAGUUGAUGAGCUCACUGAAGGAAAUAGUGAAGGAAGCUAGUCGUCAGAAGGUUUAUCUAGAUCGUCUCAUAUCUGUAGUGAUCGAGGAGUCGCCAUGGAUUCUGGAGCAAGUUGAUGCAGACUUUGAUGAAAUGGUACCAGACACAUCAGGAGAAUACUGUUGAUUUAUGGUACUGACGCAAACCUUGUUGGUGCUAUGAUGAAUACCAUCAAAAUAAUAUCUAUUAUAUAUAUAAAAUCAUAAUAAUAAUAUUUAUAUAUAAAUUAUAUUUCUAUACUUGUAUUAACAGACCAAAAUUGAUGGUGAUGGUUUACUUUGAAUAUGUUUACAUAUUUAGUUUAGGUGCUACAUUUAGUUGUGAAUGUGUUAAACUGUAUGCAUUUGUGAAAGAUAAAAGAUAUUAGAAAAGUUGUGAAAGCACACCUAAAGUUCCUUAACAAAUUUUUAUUUUAUGGUUUUAGAAGAAGAACAUCUGAUUCAGUUGUCGAUUUUUUAUGAUACUCGUUUUUCAAUACUGCCACAAUAUUGCCACUAAAGUUAUUCCUCUCAACUCAGCAUUAUAAGUUGUUUUUACUGGAAGGUACUGCCAUCUUAGGUGCAAUAUUAGUUUGUGUACUUACAGUAUAACAAGAUAUUUAUUUGCCAUAACUUUAUAUAUUUCGACUUCUAUAAUCAUUCCUGUACUGUAUAAAUACCUAUUAUUUUGACUGCAAUCUUACUUCAUCACUUUUCAUGCUUUAAUAAUGUAUUGAACUAUCAGAGAUAAUUGGAUUAUAUUGUUUUUAUUAUUUAUGUUGAGGUUGUGCCAAUUUGUAAUUAUUCGUUAAGUAUUAUACGAAGAUCUGUUCUAGUAUAUAUAACUGUUAAUCUAUUAUCAUUUAUUAUCUGUUUAUUUUGUAGUUUUGGUGUAUGACUGUAUUUUACCUAUGAAGUGCCCGUCAUUCUAAGCUUGUCGCUCUCUAUUUGAUUGGAAAUCAAUUAAAAGGUUGCUUUUACCCCCUUAUCUGCCAGUACAAUCUUUUUGACCAAUGACUGUUUCAAAGAAAUGGGGAAAAUGUUUUUGAAUUCAUAUUUAACAAAGAAAAAAUUCCUCACAUAAAUGACGUUUUAGAGUGGCACGGUAUGCAUAACAGGGUGACAUACAGAUGU